GAGCGCUCGCGCUGCUAGGAUGCUGUGGAGAGAUGCGCUCUGUGUGCGCGUGGACACUUCGACUGAUUGUUGACACGCUUAGUACUACGCUGCUUAGAGGAGAAAAACACUGCAAAAUCCAACGAAAAAACAUCUAUAGGGUAUAUUUAAAGACGGACCGUGUUUACAGACGUAUUUUAUUUCCUAAAACAACCGCAAAAUUAACGGCUCAGUCAAUACGUUAAACGGACCGCCUUCAGGAGCAGUGAAACAGGUGCAGUGCUCGUACCCAUUAUUUAACGGAACCGAAAGUCAUGCGCGCGCUUAUUGAUGAAAAGUUAAUUCACGCGUACUAGUACACAGCAUCAACCUGGAAAAGUGAGUCAGAUUUGCGCGUCUAACGCUACUAAUAAAUUACGCACAAGCGUCGCGCCCUAAAUCGCAUAAGAAAAAACGAUGUCGAGGAAAAAAGCUGUCAAGGGAAACGGGAGUUCAAAUACACCAAACUCAUCUCCUAACAACGAUAAAGAGAAGGGGAAGAAAGUCCAGACCCAGUCCAACGGAGUGGUCUACCCCAGCCGACCCUCUCUGAGCAACAGCGGAGAGUUCUAUGACAUCGCCUUCAAGGUAAUGCUGGUUGGUGACUCUGGAGUGGGAAAAACCUGUUUGCUAGUUCGUUUUAAAGAUGGAGCAUUUCUGGCUGGAAGCUUUAUCUCAACAGUCGGUAUAGACUUCAGAAAUAAGGUGUUGAGCAUUGAUGGCGUGAGGGUUAAACUACAGAUUUGGGACACAGCGGGACAGGAACGAUUCAGAAGCGUGACGCAUGCCUACUACCGAGACGCACAUGCUCUUUUGCUGCUCUACGAUGUGACAAAUAAAUCAUCCUUUGACAACAUACAGGCCUGGCUGACAGAGAUUCACGAGUUCGCUCAGCAGAACGUAGUGAUCAUGCUUUUGGGUAACAAGGCUGAUGCCACAACUGAAAGGGUUGUGAAGAGAGAGCAGGGUGAGAAACUAGCCAAGGAGUUUGGUGUUCCCUUCAUGGAGACCAGCGCUAAAUCUGGUCUGAAUGUGGAGUUGGCUUUCACUGCCGUGGCCAAGGAACUGAAGCACAGAGAAAUGAAGGAGCCCAACGAGCCAAAGUUUCAACUGCAGGAGUUUGUUAACAAGGAGAUGAAGGGAGCCGGCUGCUGUCGCUCCUAAAGCCGCAUACACAUCUGCUUGUUUGUUUGUUUGUGUGUUUUUCUCUCAUCCUCAUCUCUGGCAUAUAUUGGAUGACUCGGGAGUCUUUCCCCAGACCGCAGCUUGCAAACAGCACAAUGUAAAAAGCAGCACUUGUUCUUUUUACACAGAUGCUUUUAAUACAGAUGUGUGUUUAAAGAAUAACGUCUCCUGACCCACCUCUCCAAGCAGCUGUGAAUGUAUCUUCAAUACUCAUCAUGACAAUAUGCUGGUUCUUUAGUUAGGGGAACUUUUCUGUUGUUUUAAUAAAAGUUUAACAGCUUAAACUAUAAUGGCUUUAAACUGUUAUUAGAAUGAGCAAUUUCUCGAUUUGGGGUUUUUCCCCUAGCCACAUAUUUUCAAUUCUUUAGGGUGAAUAUUUAAAACACUUUAAAAUUAAUAUCUGCCAAAUUUGUAAUUGUUUUCACAGAAACAAUGCACCCAAAGUGCUGUCAUUUUUUAAGUUUAAUUAUAAUAAAAAUGGCACAUCUUUGCCAAAACAGCAGAGCGAUCAGAACGAUUUUUAGAGUAAGUGUCAAUACAAAACCAAUUAGUAUUUGAGAAUUAUAAAUCUUGAUUUAUUGCUAUAUCUUGUUGUUUUAGCAUGACUUUCAGCAAGGUUAAUGCAAUGUUUGACAUAUCUUUAUAUUUAGAUGUCAUAACCAUCACACAAAAAAACAAAGAGAUCAGACAUACAACAACACUCACUACAACAUUCAUCAACACUGUGAUCAUCUGUUUUGCGAAUGUGAUGCAUUUUCAAACAUACCUGAAUUAAUUUUAUUUUAGUUUUUCAGGCUUGAAGUGCCAAAAAUGCGCCCAAGUGAAGAAUCAGUUCAGUAUACAAUUUAGUCAAUCUUCAAACAUGCACGCACGCACACACACUUUCUCUUACAGUAUACACAAGUGUUCAAGAAUGACAUUUUAAUUUCAUUUUCUUCACUCAUUGUUUAAAUUCAAGUAAUCUGUUAUUUGUUUUUUAUUAAAUGUUAUCAAAUUGAAUGUAUUUAAUGUACAAAUUAAAAAGUUAUCAUAUGGCACUUAGUUUGCAUUACAUGUAAUUGAUGCUUUGUUAAAUGCUUUUAGUAUUGUCCUGUAUACUUAAAUAGAAACAGUUUUAACUAGAAAUUAGUUGCAUAGAAAACGUGCCAGAAUUCAACAAAUUGAUGUUAUGUCAAGAUACUAUGCGUACUGUGGAUUGUUUAAUAUAUUGUGUAUAAAUAUUAUUAUUUUUGCAUUAAUAAUCAUUUGGAGAGAUCCAGAACUAUGCCUUUUGCACUUUUGUUGUUGUUCUGUUGUUUGAAUUGUUAUGUAUAUGUCAUGUCAUGCUGGUCUAUUGAAAGAUUGAUACGUAUAUAGCCUAAAAUGUAUGCUGUUGGUCAGAAAAUUUCAUUUUGAGCUGCUCAAAGGAUUUUGACAAUGAACUGCUUAGCGUUCUGUAUAUAAGGUUCUCUUGUUUAUUUUCCCAUAUACAGAAAUAGAUAAAGAGGUCAAUACAAGCAAUGAUAUACAAAACUCUUUUGUAUCUUUAUGAAGGUCAGCUUGAAGACCUAUAUAUAUAUGUUGUUUUUCCUCCAGGUUUUUAUGUAAUGUUU